AUGUUGGUUAUUGAACAAUCGCAAGGUGUCUGUGCUAGGUCUUUGUGUGGCUUUGCUCCACAAAUGGAACCUAUCACUUCCAACGAAUAUGGCUUCUCUCCUUCCCCUUCCACUACUUCGUCUAUUCACUGUUUCAGAAUCCACCCCUUUGCUCCUUCCACUCAAGGUUUAGAUAAUGGAGUUGCGUUCAACCGUUGCCUUCAACCGUCGUUAACCUUUGCCUUCAACCGUCGUUGCCCGUCGCCUUCAACCGUUUCUCAGAGCUUAGCGGUUUCUCUGAGCUAUGGGUUUUAG